GCAUACAAUUAGUGUAUAGAAAACGCGGUUUGUUAAAUAAAUAUAUUAGUGCUAUGCGGCUAAGUUAAUAUAUAAAGUUACAGCAUAAUAACGUAUUGGUGUAGUAAGUGCAAUAGUUUUAAUUCAUUAAACGAAUGCAAAACAUGAAUUGAAAAAUACGAUUCGCAACGCUAGCCUGCGGCCAGACGACGCUAACCUUAGUUAGAGCGAGACAACGCUACUGCGUGCGCAAUUUGUUGAUGUCGUUUUUGUUGUUGCCUGGCGCUUAUGCUCCUGCACUUUUUGUUGAUGUUGUUGUUGCUGUAACUGAAUGUGUACGAGUGUUUUGUUGGUAAAAGAACAAGAAAAGUGCACAAAAAAAAGAAGAAAUAUAAAUUGUUGUUGUUGCAGCCGGCAAAACACGCACGAAACCCAGCAAACAAAACAAAACGAAAUGAAAUGAAUUUACACAAUACUACGCGAAAAUUCGACGAAUACACAAUAAAUGUGGAAGGAGCACAACGAAAUAAUAAGAAUAUGAUGCAAAGGAAAAAUGUGUAGAAUGUUAGUGCAAAAGUGACAAAACGGAAAGAAAGCGAAACCGAAACCAAAACCGAUAACCGAGGCCCUCAAAAUGCAGCGCAAUAAAUGCAAGAACUGAAAGCGAACGACAACUUAACCGUUACUAUUCCAAUUAAAACGUAAAACGACGAAAUAGCAAAAACAACAAGAAAGGUUUCAAAACAAAUGGCCCGAAAAAUGACAACUGGAUAUGAGAAAUGGAUUUGGAUAGGAAUGACGGUGCUGCCGCUGCUGCUGCUGCUGGCAACCGAAUCACAAGCGAGUCAAGCACUCAUAUUCACGCUGGAGCCGCAGGACUCUGUCGUGCCCGAGGGCCACUCAGUGCUGCUGCAGUGCGCCGGCAAGGCGGCUAGCAAGGGCAAGGCCACGCCCACGCCAACGACGAUACGCUGGCGCGGACCUGAUGGCCAGGAUCUGGGCGUUGUGGGCGACACGUUUCGCACUCAGCUGAAGAACGGCUCGCUCUACAUCAGCUCUGUGGAGGAGAAUCGUGGCUUGACGGGCGCCUACCAGUGCCUGCUGAGCGCCGACGGCAUUGGCAGCGUCCUCAGCCGUCCGGCCUUGGUGGCCAUAGCGCGGCAGCCGGAGCUGAAUCAGGAAUUCAUCGAGUCGUAUCUGCUGCCCGGCCAGACGGCGUACUUCCGUUGCAUUGUGGGCGAGCAUGUCUGGCAGCCGGGCGUAAAGCAUACGGUGCAGUGGUACAAGGACGACAUGCCGCUGCCGCUGGACAAGCUGCGCAUGGUGGUGCUGCCAAAUGGAGCGCUGGAGAUCGAUGAGGUGAAUGCCAACGAUCGGGGCGCCUAUCAGUGCAACGUGACCUCGGGCAGUACCUACCAGCUGAGCAGCAAGAUGAACCUAAACAUCAAGAAGCCCGCGGAAGCCGGUGCCGAGCAGGCGGUAGCACCUUCGUUCCUAGUGGGACCCUCGCCCAAGACGGUCAGCGAGGGCGAAACCGUCACGUUGGACUGUGUGGCCAAUGGAGUGCCCAAGCCGCAGAUCAAGUGGCUACGCGACGGCGAGGAGCUCGAUCUCAAUCAUCUCGAUUCACGCUUCUCCAUCACCGGCACCGGCUCGCUGCAGAUAUCCGGCGCCGAGGACAUCGAUUCGGGCAACUAUCAAUGCCGGGCCAGCAACACGGUGGACUCCCUGGACGCCCAGGCGACGGUUCAAGUGCAGGUGCCACCGAAAUUUAUACAGGCGCCACGCGACAAGACCGCCUCCGAGAAGGAGGUGCUCAACCUGGAGUGCGCCAUCCACGGCAAGCCCAAGCCGACCAUUCGCUGGCUAAAGAACGGCGACGUCAUCACGCCCAACGAAUACCUGCAGUUUGUCAACGGGCACAAUCUGCGCAUUCGCGGACUGCUCUACUCCGACGCGGGCAUGUUCCAGUGCGUCGGCACCAAUCCCGCUGGCACCGUUCAGGCGUCGGCUCGACUGCGUGUUGUGCCGCCAGGAGCCAAAAUCAAACAACGUAAACAUCAAGGCCACACAACAAAAUCCCUGCACAGUUCCGACAACAACAACAACAACUACAAUAACAACAACAACAACAGACGACGACGACCCUUCAACUCGGCUGAGCUGCGCACCAAGGCAGGUGGCAACAGCUAUUUAGACUUGGACAGUGACGAUUACAGUUAUGCGGAUGAGAAAUCCGCCGAGAUUCCGUUGCGCAAAUUUGCGCGUCCCAUCGAGCAGCCGCUCAACGAUCGCAACUACGGGGCGGGCGAGAUCAGUGCGCUGCGCCGACAGAACGAGGACUCGGACGACGACCUUGACGAUGAGUAUGACGAUGCGAGUGCUGAUAAAAUACUGGCCUCCUGGCAGCAUAAGAACAAGAACCAACAGCAACAACAACAACAGCAAACACAACAACAACAAAUGUCCCCCACAUCCAAUUUUGCCUCAACAGAUUUAAGCGCAGGCGAGGAAAUUCCAAGCGAUGUGAAGCCCCUGAGCAGCGGUCUAGUGGCCCGCCUACCCAGUGCGCCACGCAACCUGGUGGCACAGAUUGUGAAGCCCCGCUUCGUGACGCUCAGCUGGCAGGAGCCGCUGCAGAACGCCAACGAGGUGGUCUCCUACACGGUCUUCUAUCGCGUGAGCAACAGCGAACGUGAGCAGAAGAUCGUCACCCAGUCGCACGAGGAUCAGCAGGUCAGCAUACAAUCCCUGCUGCCAGGUCGCACCUAUCAGUUCCGAGUUGUGGCCAACACGAACUUUGGCAUCGGCGAAUCUUCGCAGCCCCUCGAGGCGAGCACCCUGCCCGAGGUGAACAUCGCCGGACCGCCACGCAACGUGGACGCCUAUGCGCGCAGCCACAAGGAGAUCUACGUGCACUGGCAACCACCCACCGUGACCAACGGCGAGAUACUCAAAUAUCGUGUUUACUACUCCGAGAACGACAGCGGUGCAGAUCGAUACAAUGACAGCACGUCGCUGGAGCUGCUGCUCACCGAUCUGCGUCCGUAUACGGACUAUGUGAUCAGCGUGGUGCCUUUCAAUCGCAAUGGCAUGGGCGACUCCUCCGCUGAGCUGAAGGUGAAGACCUUCUCCUCAACGCCCUCGGAGCCGCCCAAUAAUGUCACCCUCGAGGUGACCAGCUCGAGCUCCAUCACAGUGCAUUGGGAGCCUCCCGCUGAGGAGGAUUGCAAUGGCCAAAUAACGGGCUAUAAGAUACGCUAUCGCAAGCUGAAGGAUGCGCCCCAGGCGAAGAGCACGCCCGCUAAUAUACGCUACUUCGAGCUGAACUCGCUGGAUCGCAAUGCCGAGUACCAAGUGAAGAUUGCCGCCAUGACUGUCAAUGGGUCUGGUCCGUUCACAGAGUGGUAUCGCGCGACUACGCUGGAGAACGAUCUGGAUGAGACACAGGUGCCGGGCAAGCCCGUCUGGAUCAAUAUACAGCCAGGCGCUGAUAACAUUGGACUGCACUGGGGUCCGCCGCAGCAGCCGGAGAUCAAAAUACGCAACUAUGUGCUGGGCUGGGGCCGUGGCAUACCCGAUGAGAAUACCAUUGAGCUGAAGGAAACGGAACGCUAUCAUGUGCUCAAGAAUCUCGAGUCGAACAUGGAGUAUGUGGUAUCGUUGCGAGCACGCAAUAUAAAGGGCGACGGCCCGCCCAUCUAUGACAACAUCAAGACCCGCGACGAGGAGCCGCUCGAUGUGCCAGUGCCGCUGGAGGUGCCAGUUGGACUGCGCGCCAUUACCAUGUCCAGCUCGUCGAUCGUCGUCUACUGGAUCGACACGAUGCUGAACAAGAACCAGCACGUGACCGACAAUCGGCACUACACGGUCAGCUACGGCAUCACGGGCUCCAAUCGCUAUCGCUACCACAACACGACCGAUCUGAAUUGCAUGAUCAACGAUCUGCGCCCGAACACGCAGUACGAAUUCGCCGUUAAGGUGGUGAAGGGUCGCCGCGAGUCGGCGUGGUCCAUGUCGGUGCUGAACACCACCUAUCAGAAUGUGCCCGUUACGCCGCCGCGGGAGGUCAGCGUGCGCCUGGACGAGCAGAAUCCGCACAAUGUGAUCGUACAAUGGCUGCCGCCCAAGCACACAGUUGGCCAGAUAACUGGCUACAAUGUCUACUAUACGACAGACACGACGAAGCGGGACCGGGAUUGGGCAAUCGAGGCGUUCGCCGGCGAUGAGACGAUGCUCAUGCUGCCCAACCUGAAGCCCUACACCACCUACUACUUCAAGGUGCAGGCACGCACCACCAAGGGCGGCAACAAUGCGCCCUUCUCUGCCCUAACGGCAUUCACCACCAGCGCCGCGGUCAUCAUGCAGGAGGCGGACACCAUUGCCAAGGGCAUCGAUAAUCAGAAUCUGCUCUACAUCAUCAUUGGCAGCACAAUUCUGGUGCUCGUCCUCUUGCUCUUGGGUCUACUGCUCUUCUGCCGGCGCAAGCCGCAAUCCUCGCCAGAGCACACCAAGAAGAGCUAUCAGAAGAACAAUGUGGGCGUGCCCAAGCCCCCAGACCUAUGGAUACAUCAUGACCAAAUGGAGCUGAAGAACAUUGACAAGGGACUGCACUCUGCCACGCCCGUCUGCAGCGACAACGCCUCCAGCAGCGGUGCCCUGACCCUGCCCCGCUCUGUGGUGCACAGUGAAUACGAGGUGGACACUCCGGUGCCACCGCACGUGACCAACUCCCUGGACAAGCGAUCCUACGUUGCCGGCUACAUGACAGCCACCUCAAUGAACUCAACCAUGGAGCGACCUCAAUAUCCGCGCACCCAAUACAAUCAUCAGAAUCGCUCGCACAUGACCAUGGACACGGGUCUCUCCCAGCAGAGUCUCACCCAGCCACAGAACAAUUCGCUGGCCCAGACGCCGGAGCAUCCGUACGGUGGCUACGAUGCCAACUUCUGUGGCAAUGCUGGUUAUACGGGCGGGGCGCAGGGCGGCACAGGCGCGGCUGGCAAUGGCUGCGUGUCCACCAUCGAGAGCGCCAAGCGUGGCCAUCCGCUCAAGAGUUUCAGUGUACCGGGACCGCCGCCCACUGGCGGCGCCACGCCCAUUACCAAGCACACUCCUGCUGUCACAAUACGUCCACAGAAUCAAUCGCCAUACAAGAAGCCCUCAUUUUCGGCAGCCACGCCCAAUCGAUUGCAGAGCGGCGGCUCUGUGGCGCAUUCCACCGAUGAGAUACAAAGACUGGCGCCCAGCACAUCCACCGAGGAGCUGAACCAAGAGAUGGCCAAUCUGGAGGGCCUAAUGAAGGAUCUGAGCGCCAUUACGGCCAACGAGUUCGAGUGUUAACACUGAAGUCCAAAAGGCCAAAAGUAUUAGCUCGGUUCUAGAUAACAAAAAGAAGAAGAACAACAACAACAGCAGUAACAAUUCGGAAUGUUAAUUGUUUUGUUUUUAGUUGACUUUUAGUUUUUUAAUUUCAGAUUUUAAGUUAAAAUAGUUUCUUUUUAGUUUCUAGCUUAGCCUUUAGUUGCAUGUGCGAUAUAUGAACGAAUAGAACUGUAAAUACAAGCGACGCCAUAUACACAUAUAAUUAUAC